AUAGGUACUUAAAAGCGAGGCGUUGUCUCAUCACGUUCAUUUGUUUCAAGACGUGAACAAAAGCACAUCGGUCGUAGUUAAACUAUAUUUUAGACUAUUUUUUUAAUUGAUUAUACUAUUUGAGUACAUACCAUGAUGGAAGUCAACAAGCCUGUGGAGCUUUCAAGCUCACCCCCUGACAAGCCGAAAUUAAUGGAGGGCGGCAACUACAUUCGCGAGGGUCGUGACUCGUCCAAGUCGACGUGGCUGCUAUUCUCCCCAGCCAGCCCUGACGCUGCAGGAGACCUGGCCAGGUUCCUGGGCAUCUUCUCCGGUCACGGAGUCAACCUCAGCCACAUCGAGUCCCGCUCAUCAGCCAGGAGACCGGGCUACGAGUUCAUGGUUGAGUGUGAACACGGGAUCGGGGACUUCGGUGCCGCUCUGGCUGACUUGAAGAAGGACGUCGGCUACUUGAACAUUAUUUCGAGGAAUUACAAGGAUAACCGAUCUGCGGUUCCGUGGUUCCCGCGUCGUAUCCGCGACUUGGACCGUUUCGCGAACCAGAUCCUGUCGUACGGAUCCGAGCUGGACUCCGACCACCCUGGCUUCACGGACCCCGAGUAUCGGGCCAGGAGGAAGUACUUCGCCGACAUCGCUUACAACUACCGCCACGGACAGCCUCUCCCUCAUGUGAACUACAGCAAGGAGGAGGUCGCCACUUGGGGCGCCAUCUUUGAGAAGUUGACGGAACUUUAUCCGACCCACGCGUGCCGAGAACACAAUCACGUGUUCCAGCUGUUGAUAGAGAACUGCGGCUACCGAGCUGAUAACAUUCCGCAGUUGGAAGAUGUCUCUAAUUUCCUGAAAGAUUGCACAGGUUUCACCCUGCGCCCCGUGGCGGGUCUGUUAUCAUCGCGCGACUUCCUCGCCGGCCUGGCAUUCCGGGUGUUCCACAGCACCCAGUACAUCCGCCACCACUCCAGGCCCUUCUACACUCCGGAGCCAGACGUCUGCCACGAGCUGUUGGGCCACGCCCCCCUGUUUGCCGAUCCCGCCUUCGCGCAGUUCUCGCAAGAGAUAGGACUGGCCUCGCUCGGAGCACCUGAUGAUUACAUUGAGAAGCUGGCUACGUGCUUCUGGUUCACCGUGGAGUUCGGUCUGUGCCGGCAAGACGGACAGCUGAAGGCUUUCGGGGCUGGUCUCCUGUCUUCCUUCGGGGAGCUUCAGUACAGUCUGUCCGACAAACCAGAGCUCCGGGACUUCGAGCCCGAACAGACCGGAGUCCAGAAGUACCCGAUCACUGAGUACCAACCCGUGUACUUCGUGGCCAACUCGUUUGAAGAUGCUAAGGACAAGAUGAUAAAGUUCUCCCACACCAUCCCUCGGGACUUCAGCGUGCGCUACAACCCAUACACCCAGAGCAUCGACAUCCUGGACUCCCCUCGGCAAAUGAAGGUCCUGCUCAAAGGAAUCCACCAAGAGAUGGAGGAACUCCUCAAUGCUAUGGAAAAAUUGGAAUAGCUCCACCUGUCUGAGACUCUGUGAAUCGCGUAGAUUGUGAGACCACCAGUGAAUUCAGUCAAAUACUCACUCACCUACUAGUUUGAAUGUGACUGUUAGAUGGCGCUACUGUUGUUCCGUUUGUUUGGGAUCUGGUACAAAGUUAUCUACAGUAUGAUGAUGAUAUUAGUACACAUUCAUAGGUAUUGUAAAAUGUACACCUGCAAGUUACGCAAAAUAGCAUAUUUUGCUACACUCUGGACCCAAUAGCAUAAUAUAUUUUGAUAUAUGUAUGUAACUACUCCUUUAAAAAAAUUGCUUUAUGGAACUUUAUUUAGUUCGUAUUUAAUUGGCUAACGUCGUAUGUGUAACUUUUCAGGCAGUUUAAUAUGGUUUAAUAUUUAUAGCGAUAUGCAGAAAAGAUAUGUUGGAGUCACGAUGUUCAUAAGAAUAGUAUUUAUAAAUAAUUAAAUUUAACUUGUAAAUGUACUUAUGUUUUAAGUAGAUGUGUAAUUAGUUAUUUAUAAGAUUAUGAGCUAGAUUAGAAAAGAAUACUAAUAGGUACCUAUGACGUUUUACUUCAGCUUCAGAUGUUAUCAGAUUAUGAUAUAAGUAGGUACCUAUAUCAGGAAGAAAUGGCCAAAAAACUUUUAUGUUAUUUAAUUGAUACUAGCAGGCAGACUAAGAAAAUAUCAAUGUAGAAAGUCUAACAAUAUGAACUUUUCAAUUAAAACACGUCUUUAUUCAACAUAUAUAAUUAAUAAUUUGUACAGAUAAAACUUAAGUACCUAGUACUCGAAUAAACUAAAAUGUUACAUUAAAAUGACAAGAUAAUGAGCUAUAACUUACAUCUAAGUUAAUAAAUAGACGCCUUUAGCGGCCAAUGUACAAUUUUCUAAAGUAAAUAGUGUUUAUAUACAAUACACGACAUGAGUACUUAGUUACUCAGGAAGAAGCAUUUUUAUAUACUUAACUAAAUACCUUGAUGAUAAAAAUAAAUUAUACUGUAUUGACAGCUACGAGUAAUUAACAGUUAUGACCAAAUUAGGUGAUGCCAAAAGUCUCUACUUAUUUAAGUCUAUUUAUGAAUACAGAAGUACCUAUCUAGGUACUCAACCAUUUAUUUAUAAAUACAUAAUAUAGUUUUCAUGUGGAGUAGCUGUUAAGUGUGUGAAUUUUCGGUAUAAGUAUAAAAGCCAAAUACUUAUAUAAUUUCAAUUUGCAGAUCUAUGUCUAAUGCAAAAUAAAGGGCCAAGUACAUAAUUAACUUGUAAUGUAUGUAUGUAAGAAUUUUAUAUACUUACCUACAGCAUACAUACCUACAUAUUGGAUGUCUACUUUUGAACGUGUGGUCGAUUGAUGUUCGGUACGUUAUAUAUUAAAAAAAAACAUAUUAUUUAUGUUACUUAUAUAUACAAUAUACAGACAGUCACAAUAUAACAAUGUAAUGUUAUUAUUAUUUAUAAAUUCUUCGUAUGUAGGUACUACCAUAUUGCUUUCAUUCAGAUUCGUAAUACCUAGUUCAUUGUAUUUGAAUUAAAACAUUAUUUGGCAAGAAGAGAGCUCGCUAGUUAGGUACAUCGAGAAAAUAGUUAAGAUUUAUAUUUUUUGGCACUCAUUAAGUAAGUACAUAAUAAGUAUAAAUAGGAAAUAUUUAAGUUUGUAAAAGUUUUCUUAUCUUUAUACUUUAAUAAAUGUUUAAGAAUU